UGGAAUCAAGAAGUGAUUAUGAGUAGUGCCGAGGAGUUUCAGGCUCAUGAUCAUCAGAACCAGCAGCCAUUGCUGCUGUGUGAUGGUAGUGAAAUUAAGAAUGAGGAACACAGUGAUGGAGAGAAGAAGCUUAAGAUUAGGCGCAGGGGAGAUCAUCAUCAUCGUCAUCAGGCCGAGAGGAACGGUAGUAGUAGCAGCUCAUCAAAGUCUUUGUCCAGGAACACAAUCUCGCAGUACUUCUACAUGCCAAUAACACAAGCAGCCAAGGAACUCAAUGUUGGAUUGACCCUCUUGAAGAAAAGGUGCAGAGAAUUGGGUAUUAGGAGAUGGCCUCAUAGGAAGUUGAUGAGCCUCCAAACCCUAAUAAAAAAUGUGCAGGAUCUGGGGAAGGAAGAAAGGGAGGGUACUGCUGAUGAGGCGAAGAUGAGGGAAGCCAUAGAGAUAUUGAAUCAAGAGAAGAAGUUGAUGGAAGCGGCUCCUGAUCUGCAACUUGAGGACAAGACCAAGAGGCUCCGCCAAGCUUGUUUCAAGGCCAACUACAAGAAGCGGAAGCUGAUGGCCAUGGCAGCUCCUUCAGGAGGAGGAAGGGGGAGAAGUAGAUCACUCCUUAUUGGAAUCUCCUCCUCAUCAUUAUCAGUACCCUUCUCAUGCUCUUAUAAUUCCUAGCUUGCAACCGCCCGCCGCAUGGGAGAGAUGCUAAUAUUGUUUAUGGAGAAGAAGAAGAAGAGACGAGGUGUUUGUUGGCCUGAGUGUUUCUCCAUUUCAGCAUCAACGGAUUAAUGUUCUAAAUCAAUCUGACCAACCUUGAAUCGAUCAUCUAAUGAUGGGAUAGAUAGAGAUUUCAUGGACCUUAAUCUUUGUUAAUGGCCGCUGCUAGUUGUGUACAGUCGCACGAACAUUUUGCCUCGCUCCAAA